AUGACAAGAAUAUUUCUCGUUAUUUUGUUUGCAUCUCUGCCUACGAAACGUGCACAGAAAGGUAAGAAAAGUUUGCCUAAAUAUAAUAUAAUUCAUUUCGUUUUCACCCCGGUGUUGUGAAAGCUAAUAAGCUCAAUAUAGUUUAGUUACGGUAGUUUAAUGAAUAGUUAGCAGACCUAGAAAGAGUGUUUAAUGUGUCUCGCGGAUCCUGAAUUUUCCGUUUCCAAAUGUUCCUCAAAAGUUCGUAAAACAGUGGAACUGAAUAUGAUCGUACAAUAAUAAGGCCCGGCCGGGUUUAUAGAUGGCGAACUUUUUAUGCGCUGAACUCACUGUCGAACCUAUUAAAACGAUAAGGUAUACCACAAAAGAGCGCGUCUAUAUAAAUUACGUUCGAUUGAAGCCGUCAUGUCGUAUUUUGCGACACAGGUUGGACAUGGAUUUAUACUGAGAGGGUCUUCACCGUUAAUCGGAAUAUAUAUAUAUAUAUAUAUAUAAUUCAGUCAAGGUUUGAAUGUUUGCGUCGACGCAAACAUUCAAACCUUGACUGAAUUAAUUCCGCUCUACUUAUUAUGGUAUUGAGCGCUCUUCUACCUUACGUCAACUCAUCGACUAUUUUUUUGAAUAUAGUCUUCAGUAUAUAUAUAUAUAUAUAUAUAUAUAUACAUAUAUAUAUAUAUAUAUAUAUAUAUAUAUAUAUAUAUAUAUAUAUAUAUAUAUAUAUAUAUAUAUAUAUAUAUAUAUAUAUAUAUAUAUAUAUAUUUCGCAUGAUAUAUGUAUUGAUAUUCAUGAAUCUUUCCAACGGCAGCCGUAGUUGGGAUUUCAGAUAUGAAAGAAUGUUACCUGAACAGGAACUUAAAUGUUAAAAUGUACAUACCUUCAAUGUAUUCAUUAUAUAUUCAUGUGUGACUCGCAUAUUUUGGGCGCCUCGCAAGUAGCAGACCCAAAUAGGACACAUGCAAUAUCCGUCUCUCUGAAGAAUUUUAAUACUGCACGUAGCUAUAUAACUAACUAUUCUUUCAAGCUUGUGGGAGAGUACAGACAUUCUGUCUGUAGGAAUUGAAAGAUUUUGCAGCCCUUUCUCUGAACAAAGAAAAUUAAAAACAAAAUACUUCCGCCGUUUAUUAUAAAAAAAUACUUAAGCCUUUUAUUUAUGUGCAUGAAAAGCUAUAUAUAGGAAACCUUAGCCUGCAUGUAUGGACCAUUUGCAUUAUAGACUAAAUUUUGAUCUAGACAAAACUUUCAUCACAGCUUGAAAGAGCAUCACAAAAUUAGUAAUAUUCCAAAGUUUCGUUGCGAAAUGUUGUAAAAUGCGGAUAAUAUAGCCUUGCGAAGUUUGCCGUUUUUCAGUCAUUUUGUAUUACGCACGGGAAAUUGACAGCCCAAUCGGAUGUUGGGGCAUCAAUUUCCCGUUUGUAAUACAAAAUGACUGAAAAUUGCAAAUUUCGCAAGGCUAUAUUAUCCGCAAUUUACAACAUUUCGCAACGAAACUUUGGAAUAUUACUAAUUUUGUGAUGCUCUUUCAAGCUGUGAUGAAAUUUUUUUCUAGAUCAAAAUUUAGUCUGUAAUGCAAAUGGUCCAUUAAGGUUGUCCCCGAGCAAAGCAGAAAAGUCGAAUACGAGCGCGAAAGGCUGCUGGGAAUCGCUAUGAAAAUUCAUUAAUUUUUUAGCGAUUCCCAGGAGCCUUUCGCGUUCGUAUUCGACUUUUCCGCUUUGCUCGGGGGACAACCUUAAUUGAAAUAGCUGUAUAAUACAUGUAUGCAUAUAUAUAGCCCAUUGUCAGUUCUAAAGUCUUCUCCCUAAAGAAAGGUUCAGUAAGGACAGUAUAUAAGAACUAUCUUUCAUUGGUCCAGUGUGUUACCAGCUACAGGAGGAAACUUUAAUUAAACCAACUUUAUAAACCAAGAGCGCCUGCUUGCUGUAUAACUUUCUGUAUAUAUACGUUGGUGAAAAGAAUCAACAAUACUAUAUAGUUUUUGUGCAUUAUUUCAUCAUUUUUGAACCUUUAACGAGACACUCGCUUACAAUGCCAUAGGCAUAGAUUUAUUCAUUUACAAAUUAAAUGAAACUAAUAAAAAAUAACGAGAACGAAAAAAGAUAAGCUAGAAAAAUUAGUUGUCCAAUGAACUUAUUUUACAGUUUUAUACAUGUUCUUUCUGCCUAAAAUGAUCGUUGCCAAUGCAUUGCAGUAAACUCUCCUGUUUUCAUGGCCAUGCCCAUGACAAGACUUUGAUACACAUUCAGGAAAUUAUACGCCAAAGCUAAACAAAGAUUUAAAGAACUUUCGAAAUCUUUUUAUUUGCCGUAAUUUGGAGAUAGAAAGAUACUAUUAGCCGUUCUCAAGCAUUUUGUGGGAUUUUUUCAAUAAUUGGUGUAUUUUGCUUUUUAAAGAUAUUUCGUUAUCUUGAUACCAUGGUUAUAAAGCACAAUAAGAUCCGCCUUGACCUUGUAGGUUCGCUUGGUAAAAAUAAAUAUAAUUGUUUUGUUUCGUUCAUUUCUUUAUAUCCGCUGCUUUCGACCCAAGUCCAUUGGUGCUAUAAUAAUUUAAUACACUGGUGAAGAUCCAUGCAGGCUUAUGCAUCAGCACGAAAACUGGGUACAUUUCCAAAUUACUUUGAUGAUAAUAUAAUAUCGGAGAAAACGAAGAUUUGUACCAAGUUAUUGUUGUAAUGCCUCGUUAUGUUGGAAUGCUAUAUGCAAUAUAGCGCGAACCUCAAUCUUGAUUUUUGUUACUAUACCACCUAAAAACCCAGUCAUAAAUAUUUGGGCUACUUGCAGUAGUUAAGGGUUUAUUUUCUCAGUUACUCAUGCCCUGUAUAUGCCAGUUCACCCCCAUCUUGCUUCCUGUGCAAUUCUUUGAGCCUCUGUUCUAUCCAAACAAUAUCAUGUUGCCUACAUAUUUGCCAAAGAUGAGAGACAAAGAACAACACUGAAAAUGAUGAGUUAGAGACCGUUCAUUAUUUAUACCCUAGAGUGUGUGUGUGUGGGGGGGGGCAUCAUAAAAGUUCACAAUUGCUUUUGUUGGAGUCUUGGGGAGCAAGGGAGGUGUUAAGAAAACAAAAUAGAAAAUUGUGGCCCCUGUUUAAAUGUGAAAACCGAUUCUGUGGAAUUGGAAAUUUUUGUCAAAUAUGCAUAUGGAAGUUCUGGAUUGUGUAAAAUUCUGUGCAUAAACAAACAUUCCAGCUCAUAUGGCUCUUAUGUUAGAAAAUGUGUUUUCUUCAUAGUCCGGACUCUCACUUAAACGAUGACUAGAAUCACAUCAUGUGUAAAUGUCUGAUAGGCAGAUAGGACUUGUACUUUUAAAUAUCUAGGGCGAGCAUCACAAAUGCCCCGGGGAGUCACAUGAGUUUUUACUAUAUCAUAUAAGAAUUUCCCUCUUCACCCCUGGCCCAGGGUAUAAAUAAUGAACAGUCGCGCCUAUAACUUCUUAAAUACAUGGACAAUGACUUUUUCUCGAUGGUUUACAAAUGUCCGUUUAUUAAGAUUGUAAAUUCGGAAUUAAACUUUUUCUGCAAUAAAGCCUGUAUGGUUACAUAUAAAUGCGAUAUGUCCGUGGACUAUUGUCGUUAUAGCAGUUCAACCAAAUAAUUCACAAAAGAGUGUAUAUGCAUCAACAGCUGUAAACAAUGAUAGCGCAGACAUACCGCAUUCAGGAUAUGUGAACCAGGCUUUAUACAGCAGAUGAACCAUUAAUUCUAUUCUCAAACGACUUCUAGCAAAAGGCUCCUGUCGGAAUGCAAACUGGCGGUCAAGUUUCGACAGAACUGGCUGGUCAAAAUGUCCCGCUACAUUUCCUUACAUAAAUGGUUUGUACAGGAGCAGUGUUUCACAGCCAAGUCGUGACUAUAUUUAUCUUCUGGAACAAGCCAAAUGUUGUGGUAAUGGAAAUUCCAAUGCUGAAUGCGUGCAAGCUGAUUGGGUUAACAGCUUUGAUAGGUAAUACUUUUGCUCUAUAAAUUAAACAUUUUUUUCCAUUUUCGUCUUUGCACACAGACCUAGUGAGAGGUGCCGGUAGUGAUAAUGUAAUCUGAAGCUUUAUUAAAGAAAUAGCCGUAACUUUGCGUAAAGGCUAAUUUCCACUGCGGAAAAUAAGCAGCGGAUCGGAACAAAACAAAAUCCGCGCAUUCGCCAUCAGUAUAAAUUAUUGAUUCCGAUUGUCCGGCGACGUUGCUGGCCAGAUAAUAAAAAGUUUAAAUAUUUUCAACUUUCUUUGGUCCGGUCCCGCGGAUUAAACCUGGCGACCAAUCAAAAUGCCGCAUUAUCUCACAUAAAUUAAAAUAAUUAAAUACCUGUACUAAAUUUAUAAAAUUGUGGAUGUGAGACUGGAACGAGCUCCAUUUUUUUUUCCUUUUCCGAUAACAUCAUUCCACUUGUUUUUUUUUACUGAAAAUCACUUGUUGGAUCGGACAGGAUCGGAAAAACUCCGAUCCGGUCCGAUCCGCUGCUUAUUUUCCGGUGUGGAAAUUAGCCUUUACGUCUGUUUCAAAGGUCGCGCUUCUCAUGUGCUGAAUGCAUUAGAAACAAUGGAUAAUGAGGCAUUUCAGCUGAUUAUCUAUUGUUUUAAAUGCGUUCGGCACAUGAGAAGGGCGACUUUUGAAGCAGGUAUGUAUGCUGAAGUGGUACACAUGAUGAAGUUGUUUUGGGCAUUCAGGUCUAUUUAAUUAUAUAAGAUCGAAGGCGCACCCAGCCGCUCUGUUUCGGUUAACAUUUUGGACAAAACAACUGCGAUAAAAUUGGUUUCAAAAGAAAUUUUUAGUAUUAUCAGGAGAAAAGUCCUACCCUCGGCAUUAGGCCUUCUUAUCCAAUUUUAGUUUUACAACAAGACACAUUUUGAACCACCAGUUGGUAUAACGUUGCCAUUGCUUUUUUUUUUUGGGGGGGGGCGAAAUUUUGUUAUGUAAAGCGAAGCACCUUCAUUUUUAAUUGAACGGCAAAGGACGGCCAGAAAUUGCACAAAAAAUGGCCAUGUCGCUGAGUAUUUAUUGCAUGGUAUCAUUGCCUCAGUCAAAUAUUUUGUACGUGUUUAGAUCAAAUUUUCGAUAUUCCAGAGCCCGAAAAACUAUGAACACGAUUUGAUCUUUAUUUUGAUCUAUAAUACUAUAUGCAACAAAAUACAGCUCCAAUUGUGAGUGUUCUUCAUUAUUCCUUUUCUUAACCUUAAAAUUCCACUACCAAGUAAAAAAAUUGCCGACAUUAUCUCGAAAUAAUUUAGUACUUCGCCUCAUUAGUGAAUUUAAGCAAUUUACAUAUUUGUCGACACGGACAUCAUCCGAAAAUUGGUCUAACUAAUCUUGGCGGCAUUUUUGAUUUUUGCAUCGUCAUGAGUAAAAAAGCAAAAACUUUAAUAUCGCACGUUCUGUCAUAAUUAUGUGUUGUAGACUACCACUGUACCACAAAUUGAUACAAACACAGUUUUUAGUCCAGUCCUUCCCCGGCAAUCUGAUGUCCGUAUAAAAACGUCGCUUGUUUAAGCUCCCUAAGGCGUAAAAAAAAAUACCUGUGGUUCCGGUUUCAUAUCGUGAAAAAAUUAGGGUCGGUAGGUCGGAAAUAAAUUGAAUUGAAUAUUUUUUUCAUGGUUUUGGUGGUUUUUUGCUGGGUGAUUUGCAGUAGAGUCCCGACAUCAAUAUUAACUAGAGAUGCGUAUUUCCUACGGACGAAUUUAGGCAAUUUGGUUCAAUAAUUAGUGUGACAACAGACGCCAUUUUGGCACGCUGUAUGAGCAGCCACCGUGAGCAGCCCGCAACCACCUGGAGAAAAUAAGGUCGUACGGCCAAUCGCGCUGAAAAAUAAUAGGGUCGGCAGAAAAAAAAUAGGGUCGGUCGGGAACCGGAACCACUGGUAUUUUUUUUUACGCCUAAAGCCCAGGUCACACUACACAACGAUAACGAUACGAUAACUUGUAUACGCGCGCUGAUUGGUCAAAAAUUUAUCGUUAUCGUCCGGUUGAAAAAAAAAAUCGCUCAGGUGAGCGAUUUUAAAAUCGUUAUCGUUAUCGUCUAACGAUAAUUUUAUCAUUUUCGUUGUUGUGUGGACACUAACACAAUUUUUUUGCCAAUUAUCGCGUGUUUACAAUUUAUCGUAUCGUUAUCGUUGUGUAGUGUGACCGGGCCUUAAUGCUCUGUUAAGAUAAGAAAGGUCAUCUUAGCUGUGGGUGUUUUUUUUCCACCGUUACGUCAUGUGCAAGUGAAACAAAAAUCUUUUUAGGGUUUAUUUUAAUUUUUAAUUAUUUUUAUAGAAAUAAUAAUUGGAACUUGUGUCCAUCAGGAUAUUAUUUGUCCGGACUUUAUCGUUCAAGCGGUAAUAAUCUCAACAACAUUGAGCAUGCAUGGUGCUGUAAACCUCGUGGAGCUCCUAAUUUCAACAAGUCAUGUUACAAUGAGGACGUUUGGUCGAAAUUUGACUGGAAUCAACAAGGGAUGGUGUCAUGUACCAGAUCUGGUUAUUAUAUCACUGGCAUGUAUCGAUCUUCCUGCGACUAUAUGUAUUGUAUUGAAGAAUUCAAAUGCUGCCAAUUGCAGAUUAAAGAAGGUGGGUGAAUUAGAUAAUACUGUAAGAAUCUUUUACCGAUGAAUUACUCAUGGUAAAAAUUAAUAGAUUCCAACUGUCGACUAUUUCUGUAUUUAGACAAGAAAGACGAAAUCUAUCGUUAUAGCUCAAAAGAGCGUGGCGGCGUUAGACACUAAAAAAUACCUUCCUUACAAUUACGUCAUUAUAUCAAUGUCUCGUUCUUUUUAAAACUCACUGCGUAACCAGUGAAAAAUAUAGCUACCUUAUAAUUACGCAAUUAUUAUACCAACGACUCAUUCUACUUUAAAACUCACCGCGUGGCCACGUAGCCACCAAUAUUUCUCGCGGGUCUUCGAAAGUGGACGGGUAUCUGCAAUCGCUCCUUUAAAGAUGUUCUUUUAUUAAAGCUAUAGAUGAUAGAUUUCGUCCUUCUUGUAAUAAGCCAGAACAACCUCAUACUCCUAUUGUUAAUUUAUAUGUAAACAUUAAUUAAUACUCUCCCCUCUAUGUAGUAAACCCUUUCUGCCUCGAUUAGCCUCAUUGCUGCCGAGCAUAGCGAGGCAGCUCCCUAUUCUUCACAUUACAUGACGUUCUUGCUUUUUCGUGCCCCGGCCGAGUUAUAUUGGGGAAACAGUACUGCCGAGCGCAGCGAGGCAGCACACUAUUUGUUUCAAUAUAUCAAAAUCAUCCUGCCUCAUGCAUAUCUCGUCCUGCUCAUAUCUACUCGUCCUGGCAAAGCGGUAUCAUCAGCAGCCCCUUGCGCAUGCUGCAUUUCAUUCCUUGGGGGUGAGGCAGCAUUUCCUUGCGAUAGUAACUUCUAGUAUAAGCUAUAUGCCAGAAAUUAUGUUCCUAAUUGCAGUACAACCUCAUAAUUAUUAUCAGGGCCUGGCCGGCCAAUUUUUCGCUGCCAUAUUUAAAACAAAUUGGCAGGCAGGCCCUGGGUACUAGUUUAAUUGCAGAAAUGUUGCCUAGUGUGGUAUGCACGGCCAUCUGGGUGGGGGGCAGGAAAGGGGGGCAAAUAAGGCAAACCAAAGUACAAAAAAACCCGAAUAUCCCUAAUAAAUCCCGGACAUGACGUCAUUGUGGGAAGGUGGAAGAGGUGUUAAAUGGCUAUGUAGCAAACCCAACUCUAACCAAAUCAAGAAAAUCCAAAAAUAAUCAACUUGAAAAAUUGAGAAAAUGACGUAAGUUUGAUGGUUGGAAAUGACUCAAAUGAGUGAAAACCGUUCAUGGGUGGACCUUCUACUGAUCUCAAAAAUUUGGUGAUUGUCAGUAGUGGAAUGCAUCAGUUGGGAUUGAAAAACAUCAAUGAGAAACCGUACUUAGUAGUACGUUGUAUGUAUUAAGAUAUACAUGUUAUUGACUUAGCGAGAGGUCUGGACUGUAUAGUAUAUUAGUUGAACUGUAAUAUUUUGCUUUCUUGAUUCUAACGAAAAAAGAAUGAGUAGGGUUUCGGGUUUUACAAACACCCGAGGGUAAAGACCCUGGCUACGAGGUUGGUGGUUGUUUAGCCGCAGUACACUGUUAUGGUAGUGGUGUUGAGUUGACGACUCGCCACGCGCGAACUCUCAUAUUUGAUAUUUUUUGUUUUCGCUAGUUUGUACCUCUGUAUCUUGUCUGAACGGUGGAUUUUGUUUGAAUGGUACAUGCAGGUAAGCGGUUAGGGAAAUUGCUACAAUCCUGGACAAAACCAUCUGCGACACUCUAUUAAAACAUUCCUUUGUGGCUUUUUUUACCAGUUAGACCGGAAUAAUUUACUCGUUUGCCCCCCUCCGCCCCCCCAAAACAAUGUUGGACGUUUUAUCCGUAUUCUACGAAUCCAAUCAACAUUGAAUGGUGGGGGAAAGGGGGAGGUUUUCUAAAUUUACGAUAACAUUACGAUAUUUUGUCCAGUAUAAUUGGAAGUGUCGCAGAUGUUUUGUCCAGGAUUGUAGAUAGUAUACUUCAAAAUAAGAUUUCCGUUUUUAUAUCAUUUUUUAAAAUAAGUUAAGGUUAGGUUAGGGUUAGGUUAGGGUUGGGGUUAGGGUUAGGGUUAGGGUUAAGGUUAGUAUUAGGGUUAGGGUUUAGAUUUGUGUUAGGAUGGUUUUUUCUACGUUAUAAAUACGGAAAUCUUAUUUUGAAGUAUACCAUCUAGCAAUUACCGUAAGCGGUUAGCCUGUGUACAGCCGUAAAUUCUCCCGUAAUUAAUUACGAGAGAAUUUACGGCUGUACACAGGCUAGUAAGCGGUAAACCAGGCGUUUUGUUAUGUGUGAGUAUUUUGUGUGUACGUGUCAGUGUCAAAAUCGGAUAAUUGUUUUGAAUUCUUAUUUCAAUCUCUAAAUAGCCAGGCAUUCUGGAAUUCAGCGAUUUCGCGGAAUUGUCAAAAUCGCGGAUUUCCACGGAAUUCGGUUUAAUUCGCGGAAUUUAAACUUUGGUAAAGUAUUUUUAUAUUUUUCCUUAAAUUCACGAAAAGACACAUUUGUGUGAUCUGAUACAAGAUGUUUUUGCAAAGUUUAAAGCUUUACGAAAGGAAAUGCCCUUCAAAGUGGAAGGACUGUCAAGGAUAUUCAUCAUUUCACUAUAACCACUAAGAUUUAUUAGCAUUUUAAUUUUUUAAUUUCUAGUAAUAUUUCUGCAAUUGCACUUCCGGUUUACACAAUAUAAUGUCAUUUACGAUCUGUACCUUUGGUUCGUGAAAAAGGUCGAUAAUGUUUGAGAUGACAAUUCAGUUUUCGAUGAUUGGCAGUGGCAAAACGUUAGCAAAAACCAACGCAUUGUGAUUGUUUCUAUUUCGGCUUCUCGAACUUGCUGUCACACGAUACUUCGAUUAAGAGCCGCAGAUUGAAAAUUGGUACGGCGCUUAUUCGGGGACGGCGCUCAAACGAGUAAUUACAGUUUUCACAUCAACUAUGUACGGUCCGCUGUUUUGUUUUAUGUUGGGACUCACUGUAUAGUAAAUAUGCCAGAUUUCUUGUGAAACCGAAAACUUUUACUCGACUUUCUAAUAUAUUUCUUAUUAUCUAAAUUGAAAUGACCCUAGAAUUACUGUUUAUAGCGGUAGAUACUGAUAUUUUUUGCCUAAAAACAUCUGAAUUUUUUCCGCAGAAUUUCUCAUUUUGGCUGCGAAAUUGACGUCAAAAAUUCUGCGGAAUUUGCUAUUUUUGCCCACAGAAUUCCAGAAUGCCUGAAUAGCUUUAAGGUUCGAUGAAGAUAUUACUAUUUAAGUUCAUUCAAAGUUACCAAACUAUCUAACAAUUCAGUAUUAUUAAUUAUUCCAAGCAGUACUGUAAACCUCAGAAUUAAGCCCACCCGAGUAUAAGACCCCCGUUAAAAGCCCACCAUAUUCACAAACGCUCAGGCCAUAUUUACGAAUAUAAGCCCUCCCGAAUAUAGGCCCUUCCAUGUUGUAUAUGUUUAUUAUUAGACAGGUUUAAUAGAUAAUUACUGAGGCCAACGGCGUUAUUCGAUAUAUUGCAGCCAGCUGAGGCCGAAGGCCGAAGCUGGCUGCAAUAUAUCGAAUAAUGCCGUUUGGCCGAAGUAAUUAUCUAUUAUAAUUACUGACCCGAAUUAAAAGUAAUUAUUUUCGGCUGGAAGACUACGUUGCUGCUUGUUGGGACCGUAUGACAAUGAAUCUAUCCAACGUUACACUAGACAUUUGUGAGGACAUGCAUGUAAUGCAUCGUGAUCAUAGAACAGAUUUCAGUUUAAUUAAUCGCCCUAAAUUAAAAUCUCCACAAGCGGAGGUCAAUUAUAGAGUUCUAGUUUACAUAUUAUCAUUAAUGAUAAGGUUAAUUCAAAGAGGGUAUUAAACUGGAUAAACACGGGAAUAGAACUUAUGGUGUGUUCUGCACAUGCGUAUAUCUAGGAUAAAAUCCCACAAGCGCAAACGAAACUAUUUCUCUAUAAAGUUGAGCUGAAAGGACUCACAGUGACUAGUGAUGGGCGAUACCAGCUUUUUUGGGUUCGAUACGAUACCAGUCCGAUACCAUGAAUUUUGGUCGAUACCGAUACCAAAAUCGAUACCGAUACUCAAUUUUUUCCAUUUAUUAUAAUAACGUUUAAAACAAGAACAUUAAUGUUAACAAGUCAAAGAAUACUCUAACUGGAGUACCUACCAAAUAAUCGAACAUAACAUUUGCAAUUAUGAUUUUAAAUCUAAACAAUAUCAAUGUGUUCAAUGUUUUUCUUCAAUGUAUUGCUAAUUGGCUACAUGUUUUUGUUAAAGAACAGCAUCAUGUCAACAUUUAUUGCCUUCAGUUUGUUGCCUUCAUGAAGAAUUAAGCGAUUUUUCAGUAAUACUGACCAAAAACAUCGCAGGCUCAAGUGGUAUCGAAUGAUUUCGAUACUUUUUCGAUAGUAUCGCCCAUCACUGUCAGUGACCGUUUUGGCAGUGCUUCAGGCGCCCGAUGAUAUUGUAUGAGGGGCCUUUAGCACUGUCAACUUCUCAUCUUGAGAUGUUCACGUUAUCGCAUGUACUUGUCAGCAUGACGAAGGAUUGCGAAUAAUGUCUGUGUGCACUGAUACACGCUGCAUUAUUUUUAAUAAUGCUGUGUGCACGCUGCAUUAUUUUUAAUAAUGCUGUGUGCUAUUUUAGCCCGUAUAAACAUUUACCCCUGGGAAUUUCCCUACAAUCAAAAAAGACCGCUCCCGUUUUUCAGAAGAACGCUAAAAUUUCUCGACAUUCGCUGAUAUAAUGCAGAGAGAAAACAAUAGGUUAUUAUGGCCGUCAGUAAUUAUAUUGAGUUAACGCAGCACGACUAGCCUGCGAACAGGCUCUCAAGCUGAAUUGAGAGCCUGCAUCGAUGACUAAUGAAUUUGAAUAUCUGCGUCUCAAAUCGUGACGCGAAAUUCUCAUUGGUCAGAUGCUAUAAUUUAUAUGUUUCCACUGAGCUCUAUAUAUGUCAACUGCUAAGCACUAUGCAUAAAAAACACAUUAACUGAUCAAAUUGGUCUUGGCCAUCUUAUCUCAAAGCACGAAAUGUUCUGUUUUGAGAAAACAGUAUUUAAAACAUUUAAAGUUUUGCUUCAAUAUCUUAUAUUUCGAAAAACAGUAUAAACUGUACGGUCUAAAUUUAGUUUGCAUAGUCUAAAUUUAGUUUGCACGAAAGUUGUAAACAACACCAUAUAAGGAUAGACAUUCCACAUUUGGAAAAACGAACGUUACGGGGCAGAUAUUCAAAUUCAUUAGUCAUCGAUGCAGGCUCUCAAUUCAGCUUGAGAGCCUGUUCGCAGGCUACAGCACGACGGGAAUUCCAACAGCUCAGCGGACAAAUGACAAUAAUGACAUUAUAAUAUUAUUUUAACCAACUUGUUUUAUGUAUAGAUACUAUAGAUUAUAUACUGUUAUUAUAGUAUAUAUUAUAUCACGAUAUAGUUUUAUUUACAGGUACAAUACAUAUUAAUUAUUACUGACAUCAACGGUAUUUUCUAGUAAUAUUGUAGUGUAUAGUGUAGAACUUGAUUACUCUCUCAGCAUGCUUCUGAAAUUUUAUACACAAACCUCAGCCAGCUCUCAUGAUGUUAUAACAUUUUUAACAGCUGCCAAAGUGGCUUCACUGGGAGCCGAUGUGAUGUGGACAUUGACGAAUGUGAAGAAUCUCCUGGAAUAUGUCAGAACAGGGCAAAUUGCACUAAUACUAAUGGUUCGUACGCAUGCACUUGUACAGCUGCAUACACGGGAAGAAACUGCUCAAUAAAUAUCGAUGAUUGUAAGACGUAUGAUGGUUCAUCAAAAUGUCUGAAUAAUGGGACAUGCAUUGAUGGGGAGGCUAAAUUCUCCUGUGAAUGUCAAGACACAUAUUUUGGUAUGAUGAAUAUUUUAUUUAUUUCUAUUUUAUACAGUAUAAGUUACGAAACAAUACAUAUAUAAAGACAUCAGUGACAGGGCUGUCAUCACAACAGCACAAUUAGAUAAAUGCAGGAGCGAUCGAUGAGCCCUGAUGCACUAGAAUAGAACUGAGAUGUUUCGAAAACAUUAGCAUUCCCAUUGGGAGGAAAACCGCAGAGAAAAAAUUUAAACCAACGGCUUUCUGCAGAGCAUUGACUAGCUCUCUUCACAUGAAUGUCUUCAAUCCGGAAUGAGAAUUGAAACCCCAAAUCUCUGAGGUAAAGAGCUGAAGUUACUUUGAUGACUCCGCCACCGAACAGGGAUUUGAAAUUAGCAGGCGCCAAGUCGCCAAAUGCAUGAUCAAACUUUCAUCUGGUGACCAGAUAUUUGCCAAAGGUAGCCAAACACAGUAGAAUUUUUCUGGUUACUCAUAGAGGCGGAACGUAUACAUUUAUUUACUAUCAAAAACACGCGCCUAUCAAGUUCUUAGAAAUGAAACCAUGACAAUCACAGAUAUAAAAAAAUUUGUAUUGUAUAUAGGCCUACGCCUUAUGGACUCACGUGAAAAAAGUCUGUUGGACCAUAGGGUUGGACCGAGCACCUCAGACUCGCGGAUCUUACGGGCCCGGUGAAAAGAGUCUGUCAACGCUCUGCUGAAAGUCGUGGGUUUUCUCCGGGUGCUCCGGUUUCCUCCCACAGGGAAAGUUGACAGGGUGGGUUAGGAUAAACACAGCUAAGAAAGUAAUAUCACAAUUGUUGUAAAGAUAAAUAAUCUAAGCUUAGUAAGUAACAUAAGCGUAAUACUUGAUGUAAUCGGUCACUGAAAAGCCCCAAUGGGGAGUGGGUUGAAUAAUAAUGUAAUGAAUAAUAAUGUAUAAUUUUGCACUCUUUUGCUACAGCCCAUUGCUAUAAAUUAUCAAAUUGUGUUUCAUUUUGUAUUUUAUAGGUAAAAAUUGUGAAAAGAAUGGGAGUAAAGAUCUUUUUCUAUUGUCGCAGGUAAUUGAAAUUUUGCGAGCUAAGCAUUAAUUCAGAAAUGGUUUUGAGGACAUCCAGCAACGUUUUUGAGACCUAUUGGGAACAGGCUUACAUGAAGUACAUUUUGGCUUUAAACAUAAAUGAAGUACGUACCAAAAUUUUGAAUGAUCUUUUGAAAUGCAUGCAUCUUGUCUGCAUUUUUAAUUACUUCGUCCCUUACUAAAAGAAACUGGUGGUUAUUUUGUAGAGUGAAUGAGUGGUAUAUUAUAUCCACCAAGGGUAAAAUGUCUCAAUGGAUGAGUGUUCCAGAGAGGUCCUCAUGCCUCAGUUGGGAAGAUUUGGAUUACUGUAUAAUAUUUUCUAAAAGCCAUAAAUUUUUGCUGAGUUGCUGCCAUGGUUUCUGCAGGAGCAACCUGAAACAGGUUUCUCCUACGGAUUUAAUUUUUCACAAAAUUUACUUAAAUAAGUGUCUCGCAGUAUAUUAAUUAUUAAUUAAUUUUACUAUUUUGUAGUUAAAUUGUAGUUAACUCUACAAUACGCGAUUUUAAUUGGUUAACUUUCACACGAACCUAGUUAACUCUAACUACCUUUUUGUACAAUGUGCCCCAGUGACGGCUAUUGAAUAAAGUUGGUAACCUGAAAAUUUAAUAUCUGCUGCAGAAAGAAGUGAAUAUCAGCAACGUGGUUAACAUCACUAAAGAGGUGAAAAAGUUGUCUGUUAAGAAUCCAAGCCACCCUCUCCAAGCUCCAGACGUUAGCAAUAUCGCUACAAUAUUACAGAAAAUUGUUGCAGUGAAACAGAAAGCUAACGAGGUUGGUUAUAUUCAGAGAGACCAGAAUUCAUACGGUCAUAUCGGUCCAAGGGCCGAUUUCUAAUAUUCCUCUAUAGAUGGACCAAGAGGAUUAGAUUACUAAAUUAGUGAAUUCCAUGUUACCAUUUUGGUAUAGUUUAAUAAAUAGUUAUAGCUGCUCAGAUUUCGUAGGCUUGCCACAAGUGGCAAGUCCUCCGCGGAAGUUUUUCCUAGCUUGUAGUGGGCGGAGAGAACCGUGCCAAGUGAAAAUGAACAAAAAUAAAAUUAUUUGGAAGGGAUUUUGCGAAAGUCUAAGAUUUGCGUGGAUCGUUUUGCGCCACUGGCUCAUUUCACUUUUGCACUGCAAAAAAUUUUAACUCGACACCCCCAGUUACUCAAAAUAUUGAGUAAAAUUACUCAACUCAGGGUCUCCAAUGUCCAUGGGCCUUGAAAAUCCUGGAAAGUCCUUGAAUUGGAAAAAAAAUUCCAGGACUGGAAAGUUUUUGAAAACCAGUAGAACUCCUUGAAAAUCAGUACAAGUUCAGAAGUUCUUGAAAGUCCUGGAAUUGAUUUCCUUAACCUCCAGCUGUGACACCAUUAGUGAUUUUCAUUAAAAUUACUGAAUAAAGUGAAUUAUUUACGGCGAAUCCGUGCCAUUUUCAAAAUUUCUCCCAGUUCUAGGUCCUUGAAUUUACUGAAAAUGGGCCUUGAAAGUCCUGGAAAAGUCCUUGAAUUUCACCUUCAUGCACCAACGGGUGGACACCUGUCAAAUUUAGAGAGCAAAUUUAUUCAUGCACUUUUUCGAGUAAGAAAAAUUGAGUAAAUUUGAACUGAGGGAAACUUUAUUAAAAAACAUUUAGUAAUGUUAUUCAAAAUUUUGAGUCACUGUGGGUGACAAGAUUAAUCAGUUCAGUCUGCCUCAGGGGGUCUGACAACAGUUAAGUAUGGCUAUAUUAAAAUUUAUGCCCCACCUUUCCCCGAGGUUGGGGGGGGGGGGUUACAAUUGACAAGUGCAUAAUAUAAUAGUAAAAUUUUUCAAAGUGGCAUAGAUUUUCUUCUCUAAUGCCACCAAUUGCUUAUAUGAUUAUGCGUAUGCACUUACAGAUUUCUGACGAUAUCUGCGCCACAAUAGACAAUGUACUUGAUGUCAGCGAAGAAAAUGUCUUCCAAAGUCAACAGGACACGAACUCUUCAUCAAGGUACGAUAGGGAUGGAUUAAGUAUUGUAUAUGAUAUAUAUAUAUAUAAUUUUCAAAUAGUUUUAUUUUAACACUUUACAGGAUUGUCAAAGCUUUAAAUGACUUCCUAGAAACAUUAGUCAUCGGUUCAAGUGGAAAUUUUCAAAAAGUCAAAAGAAACUACGAUCUUAAUUUGCAGGCCGUACAACCACAAAAUUUUAGCGGGCUAACAUUUUCUGGGAUUGUCAGAAAUUCUCGUAGAUCACCGUUGAGGAUUAAUGACAGUUUGACAGAAUUUAAUGACAGCGUUGAACAAGCUUCGUCGUCUUCGAUCAGCAUUCCACGAACUAUAUUUAAUGAAUCAACAAUUACGAACAGCUCCAGACAGCAGAGGGUCAUUUUUGUCUUGUAUAAGAAAACAAGUUUUUUCAAAGUGUCCUUGAAGGACACCAAGAAGACGUCAAGCCGUUUGAAUAGUGUUGUCAUUGCUGGAAGCAUUAAGGGAUUAUCAGUUAGGAAUUUGAGCAAUCCAGUUAAGAUCGCUUUAGUACAGAGUGGCGCGCGAGGAGACACGAGCAGUACUUUGUGUUCAUACUGGAACUUUACCCUAGGGAAUUGGUCACAAGAAGGUUGCAUGUUUCAAAAGGUUUUUAGUGAUGGCAGAAUCCUUUGUAACUGUAAUCAUCUUACCAACUUUGCGAUGUUGAUGGUAAGUUUAUUAAUUUAUCUUCAUUAUUUAGUUUUUGACUGCAUUUGAGUAGGGCGGGGCGAUAUUUCGAUAUAUCGAUGUUAUCGUGAUAUUUUCAUUCAUGAUUAUCGUGUCAAAGGUGGAAAAAUGAGCGACGAUAUAUAUCGUAAUUAUCGUUAAUGUGGUCAAUGACUAUCGUGAUAUUGUUUGGCACGUGCACAUCGUUUUCACAAAACCCGAAAACAUUUCUUUUAAUUUCUCCAACAUAUAAAUUUUGCUGCUUUGCCACUAUAUCGAAGUGGACAGCCAAGAAAAGCCAAUGAAAUAAAACAAGGUUUUUACCCUUUUUAGUUGGAUAUUAACUUCAAUUUGUUUUUUAUACUCAAGAUAUAAAUUGAUGAUCUAUCUUAUUAGUUACUAAUGUAGCUUUGUUAUGUUAAUAUUUUUUUACUGUAUGCGGCAUGCAUUGUUUGCAUUUAUCGCGAUAUUAUCGAAUAUCGUGAUAAUCAAAUUCCUAGACAAUAAUCAUGAUAUGACUUCUUUAAAUAUCGUCCCAUACCUACAUCUGAGCACUGUGGACGGAUCAUGGUAGCACUGUGGAAACCCAAAACUUUCAAUUUUUAUCGGACGUCCCUUGGAAAAAUGAGCCUGUUGUAUACUGGGAGAAAAUUUCCCGAAUCCUGCGCACGGGUGAAUAGGGUACUCGGAGAGGUAACAUAGGUCAACUUACGUUCAAGAUCACAUAUAUUUAUUGUUUAGGAUAUCAAACCAGCGGUAACCACAAAACACGAGAGAAUACUUGGUGUAAUUAGUUAUGUUGGAUGUGCGCUCUCAUUGGUCGGACUGACCUUGACAAUAAUAACGAUACUAAUAUUAAGGUAAAUGAAAAAUGUUUACUAUAUACACGAGUUGGAAGAGCCCUCCCUUACCCAAAAUGGAAAGCGACAAAGAAAUGUCAUAAUUUUUAUAUAAAGCACGUGAACAAAUCCUGUUCGAAUUCGAUUCCGGGAAAGCAUUGUGACAACCUCGCAUUCUCAUUUGGUAGACGUAUAGUUGUACAUUAGCACCCGCGUUAGCAACAAUGACGUUCGCCCCUAGUAACGUCAACUGUCAUCCACUGAAACAUCAAAUUUGAAGCAAUGAACAAAUGUUUAUGGAGUUAGUUGCAAUUGGCUGUAUGUGCUGGAGAAACAACAGAUGGUAAAUUUGGGCGAGGGAAGCGCCUUCCGAAAGAAAUUAGAGUGAGAGAACUUAUAGUUUACUUUUACAUUUUAGAGAACUCCGUAGGAAACUUCCAAUGAAGAUUUUGUUGAACUACUGCAUCGCAUUGUCAUUAACGUUAAUCGUGUUUUUGGCCAUGCCUGAGGGAUCAAAGUCGUCAUCAUUAGCCCGCUGUAGGACAGCGGCAGUCGCCUUGCAUUACUUCUUGUUAGCAGCAUUUUUGUGGAUGGCGGUAGAAGCGUUCAGUUUGUAUCUGGCAAUAAUCAAAGCUCGUAAAAUCGAUUCAUUUCCUUGCGCGUUUAUGCUGAAAUGCUGUCUAUUUGCUUGGGGUAAGACGUGAAAUUUCGGAUACAUGCAUUUUCUCGUCAACUGAACGAAGCAAUAUAGACAUCUAGACAUAAUCUUGACGCCUGUUUUGCUGAAAUAACGAUUGAUUAUUAUUUACUAAAACUAACAAAAAUUAAAAGAAAAAAAAACACUAAGAUAAAUGUAGAUUUCAAUAUCCGCUACAGAAACGUAACAAUAUGAAAUUCCUGGACACGACACAUUGACACUGGUGUUACCCACUUUUUCAAAACUGUAUUAUUAUAGAAGAAAGCUGAUUAUUUUGGAUUCAAAAAAGUCGUCUCUAUUUUCACAAUUCCUGAACGAAAUAAUUCGUUCAGUAAUCUUCGGAUAUAUAGUUAGAACAAGUGUCUUCAAAAAAGUUGUUUAAAGUUCUUUACUAUAGCCUAAGAUCCAUAAAGGAAUGAUUUCUCAUGCCUUUUUGAUUUAUACGUAUUUUUAGGUACACCCGCGGUAAUCGUAGCAAUAACAAUGAUAGUGGCUCUGGACAAAUAUGGCGACGAGAGAAAGUAAGUAGAGUUUUUGUUUGGUCUUUAGUCAGUGUAUAAUGAAGCCUCCUACAGCCAGUUACAGACGACGACGUUUUCUAUGACAAGUUUUCAUCGGUGCCAAGCUAUAGAGAGGAUGACACCCCCUGAAAACGUCUUAUCGGCAAAAUAACCAUUUUAUCGGCAAAUCGUUUUCGUAACCAGCAAAAAUAUUUGAGUGGCUCGAAUUUUGAUAAAUUUAUGAAAAUAUUACCGAAAAAUUUAAGAAAUUACGGUACAUGAAUUGGAAAGUUAGUGAAUAAUGAUAUGUCCGGAAAAUUUUUUUAUCCCCCCGCUUGCAUGCCAACAAUUUUGGGAAAAAAUAUUAAAUAGCCACUGAAAUGUUGUCGGCAAAUGUGAUACUACACCCCCCUGCUUUAGCCUCUUCGCUACGACCCUGGGCAAGUUUUAUUUGUUCGUCUAAUAACUACGGACAAGAGUAUACUUGUUGAAUAGCUAGUAUGCUAGCUUUUCAAUAAGUGCAUAGAAUAAAAAUACACCUUUUCGAUAUAAUUACAUGAAUCAUGUUCUUGGCCUGGGAGCUUCAUGAAUCGUGAGCCAAUCGCAUUCGGGUCUUGAUUCAUGAGAACGAGGCUCCCAGGCCACUGAACGUAUUCAUGACGUAAUUAUCAAACAGGGGUAUUGGGGAAGUACAAAUUUUGUUCAUCUGUAUGGAUGGAUCAACAAAGAAAAGGUUGUUCGUAAGGGUUCGAUUCCUACCGGGACGUAUACCGAAUAUUUUUACAAAAUACAAAACAACGGCUGAAAAUGAACAUCAUUUCGACUAUAUUUUACUAAUUUUAGUCAUUAUCAGGAAUAAUACGAAUUCCUGAUGACGAUGUCGCAUUCGAAAGCUAGAAUAUAAAAAAAUGUUCAGUUUCGGAGUUGCCGCGUUGUUUUGGCCCACAGUUGCAGUUUUCGUAACUUCUCCCGUUUAGGUGUGAAAUACAGUUACAAAAACCUUUCCAUCUUCAAAAAACUUGAAACCUGAUUAAAAUGUCUAUUUCUUUCAGUUGUCGACUGCACGGUUUGCCAUUCUUUGUGGCAUUUGUUACUCCAGUUAUUUUAAUCCUCGCUGGAAAUAUCGUGACUUUCUGCCUUAUUAUUCGGUCAUUGCUUACUUCCGGUAACAAAGUGACCUCCAGCCGCAAAGUGUCGGGCUUGCAGCAAGCUCGGCAAGGGAUUGCGAUCAUGGUACUGCUCGGGUUAACCUGGCUGUUUGGUUUUCUUGCAAUCGACGAUGCUAAGCUAGCAUUUCAGUGGUUGUUCUGCAUUUUUAACUCACUUCAGGGAUUUUUGGUAUUCAUAUUAUUUUGCAUUUUGCCCGCUGGGACAAGACAACACCUGCGAAAACUUUGUAGCAAAAAGAGCAAAUCUCCACUUCGAGAAGACCCAUCCACUGGCAGCACUGUCAUUGGGAAAAUGUAUUAAGUAAAUGAUCAAUGCUCUGCGUCAGGAGAUGAACUUAAAACGUUGGCUUAGCCUUAGAGCUAAGAAACGGAACCUAAUAAUAAUAAUAAUGGAAACUUUAAUAAGGCCAUGUAAAAAAAAUAUCCCGGUUUAUCAUCAGCGCCCGCAUCCAUUUUUCGUGCUGCAUUGAUUUUUUUAUUUUUAAAAAAUCACUAUUUCCGGCGGACCGUGCGAGGAACCCACGCGAGAUUCUCACGAUUGUCGGCCAUUUUGAAAACACGAGUUGAUACCAUUGGUUGAUACCAGUGAACUGUAAUAACACUGGAACGCUAACUGCAGAUAAACAUGCCCAUUCUUGCCCUUGCCCGAAGCCAAGAUGGCGCUUCUCGCGAGGCUCGGCGAGCAAAAAAUUAACUUUCCGAGGACUGGGGAGAGUUUCGAGGAGCGGGAAAUUCAGUAAAAAGUUGGUUUUUGAGCGAAAAUCAGCAAGAAAAAGUACUUUUUUAUCAAAAGGCUUCAACUUUAAAGAUUCAAACCUGGUUUCCUGGAUAGUUCUAACUAGUUUACAUCUAGCCUGCGAACAGGCUCUCAAGCUGAAUUGAGAGCCUGCAUCGAUAACUAAUGAAUUUGAAUAUCUGCGUCUCAAAUCGUGACGCGAAAUUCUCAUUGGUCAGAUGCUAUAAUUUAUAUGUUUCCGCUGAGCUCUAUAUAUGUCAACUGCUGAAUAAAAAACACAUUAACUGUUCAUAUUGGUCUUGGCCGUCUUAUCUCAAAGCACGAAAUGUUCUGUUUUGAGAAAACAGUAUUUAAAACAUUUGAACUUUUGCUUGAAUAUCUUAUAUUUCGAAAAAUAGUAUAAACUGUACGGUCUAAAUUUAGUUUGCACGGUCUAAAUUUAGUUUGCACGAAAGUUGUAAACAACACCAUAUAAGGAUAGACAUUCCAUAUUUGGAAAAACGAACCUUACGGCACAGAAUAAAGAUCAGUAACAGAAGGGCCACUCAGCGGUGCAACGUGUCCGCGUUUUUUUAUGCAAAAAUAUGCAGUUUACUGGCCAGAAGGCGGAGCAGCCAGCCAGUACAGCGUGUUUAUUGGCCAGAAAAUGUCAUUGACUGGCUAGGAAAAUGGCGGCCAACAUGCGUAAUGCGACAUGCGCGAGGACAGAAACUUCAAAGCUUCCGACGUAAGUGGCCCUUCUAUAUGGAUCUUUAUUCUAUGCUUACGGGGCAGAUAUUCAAAUUCAUUAAUCAUCGAUGCAGGCUCUCAAUUCAGCUUGAGAGCCUGUUCGCAGGCUAGUUUACAUCCACUAACAGCAAAAACUUCCUGGGUAAUGUAUCGAUCAAUUCGAAACUUCGCCAUCCCCCCCCCCCGGGCCGACCCCGGGAAUUUGAACUUUUUGAAAUUUGACUGAUCAAAUUCUCCACCCUCUGUGCAAAAAAUGUCUUCAAAUGCCCCACUGUAACAAGAAAUUAAGCGUUCAAAUGCCCCACCUUCAUAUGAAAAUUAUGAAACAGUAAAUACAAAAAGUACAAAAUAUACGGAAAUGUUUUCGACAAGAUAGCGAAAUUCGCGUAAACAGUUUGGAUACCUUGUGGAAAUUUAACAGUUUUACACAGUUAUGUAGUACAUACCUUCAAAUGAAACACAUAGAUUUUCCAUGCCCGUUUCUUUGAGCCAGUUUUUUCACAAAAUUGAGGCCGUUUCCCUCGAAAUCUGAGAAAACUGUAUUUGCCGCCAAUACGAAGUAUUUUCUGUGCAUGCAGGAAGCACGCGAAAACGGGCAACAUUUUAAGACUUCCGGUUCAAAUUCCCCACCCCGUUAUCAAAUGCCCCACCACAUGGAAGACUUAGAAAUUCCCUACUCCCUGGAGAAGACUUGAAGUCAAAUUCCCGGGGUAUGCCCGGGGGGGGGGGGGAUGGUGAAGUUUCGAAUUGAUCGAUACAUAACAGCUGCUUGAUAUUCAAAAUAUUACACAAGUUUGAACGUGCCGAAAAAAACUUCGCACUUUGACUCCUGAAAAAAGGACUUUAUAACUGCUCUACGUUCUGGAAACAGGUUUUGUAUUAAAUUUCAGGUAUUGUUGAAAGUUUCUAGCUUUUUUCUUGUUAAAAUACAGCUAUUUAGUGCUCAAAAACAGACAUCUUUUCGGUGGCGUAUUUUCCACUCCAUACGUACAUGGCGGCCUUCAUGAGUGGCUUCAAAGAUGGCGGCCAAGUUAUCGUUCCAGUUCCCUUAGAGUUCACUGGUUGAUACACACGUGUGUAGAAACACAGCUCUUUAUUGAAAAUCUUAUUGAAAAUAUUAUACCAUACAACUGUGCUGCGUGUUUGAGCACAUUUUUUCCGUGCACCUACAAAAUGUGAUUCGGUAAAAAAAUUUAAAAAAUCCGCCCGCCCGCACGGUUUUUUUCUGCUGCCACUGAUGAUAAACCGGGAUAUUUUUUACGUGGCCUUAAAAAUAAAACUUUUUGUCGGAUAUAUACGUAAUUGUAAAUUUCACUUCUUCAGGUAACUUGCAAUUGCCUAUGGCCCUAUGCUAUACGUUAUAGUAUUAUAAACAAGAAUUAUACUAAUAUACAAGCAUUACUAAUAUACAAGAAUUACUUUUUUAUCUUAUUGAUAUAUAUAUUUUACAUCAAUUUAAGUAAGGCCAUUUAAUGUGUAAAUUACGUGAUUAAACCUAGAUUAUAUCUAUCUAUCUAAUAUGCACUAGACCAGAAAAGAAAAUAUAUAAUAGGUUGUUCAGUAAUGUAUAAAUAACCGAGAGUAUUUAACGGUUGUUCUGAUGCAAUAUUGUUGAUGUUUGUCGAGUCUCAAAUUAAAAUUCAGCACUUCAAGAC